GUCAGUGCUCGUCCACCGGGCGUCUGUGCGCACGCGUCUGAUCAAGAUGGCUCGACUACUCUUCCUAGUCCCCUUAUACGCCCUGGCGGCGGUGGGGAUAUACGUCAUGUUCUUGAAGAAACCUCCUCCCCUUCCUAAGAUGGACCUGAACGCGUGGUGGGGACCUAAGGAGUUGAAGAGCAAGCAGGAUACUAGCAUCAGGCCGUUCAAGGUCACGUUCAGUGAAGCGAUGAUCAAGGACCUCAAAGAGCGUCUCAAGAACCACCGCAAGUGGACUCCUCCGCUGGAGAACAUCGGCUUCCAAUAUGGCUUCAACAGCAAACAGCUGGACAGCUGGGUCUCGUACUGGGCCGACAAGUACAACUUCCAGGAGAGGGAGAGAUUCUUUAACAAGUUCCCGCACUACAAGACCAAUAUCCAGGGGCUGGAUAUUCACUUCAUCAGAGUUAAGCCAGAGGUCCCAGCAGGAGUGGAAGUCGUUCCCGUACUCUUCAUGCACGGCUGGCCAGGGUCGGUGCGGGAGUUUUACGAGGCGCUGCCUCACCUGACGGCCGUCGGUAAGGACCGAGACUUCGCCAUCGAGGCCAUCGUGCCCAGUCUGCCGGGAUACGGGUUCUCUGAUGCUGCAGUUCGCCCAGGACUGGGAGCCACUGAAGUGGCAGUGGUUUUCAGGAACCUGAUGCACCGCCUCGGCUUCAAGAAGUUCUACGCCCAAGGAGGAGACUGGGGCAGUGCGGUUGGCACUGCCAUGGCUACGCUGUUCCCCGAUGAGGUCCUCGGAUGGCACGCCAACUUCGCCCUGGUGCAGUCUCCCUACGCCACCUUCCAGAUGCUUCUUGGCUCAGUCCUGCCCUCCCUGGUGGUGGAACCUCACCUGGCCGACCGUUUGUAUCCGCUCGGGAAGACCUUCUCCUACUUAAUCGAGGAGUCGGGAUACAUGCAUAUUCAGGCCACGAAGCCGGAUACUGUUGGCGUUGCCCUCUCCGAUUCCCCAUCUGGUCUCCUCGCCUACAUCCUGGAGAAGUUCUCCACCUGGACCAACCCCAGCUGGAAGACCCGCGCCGACGGCGGUCUCGAAGAGCGGUUCACCCGCGACCAGCUCAUUGACAAUCUGAUGGUGUACUGGUCUACCAACUCCAUUACUACUUCUGUGAGGCUGUACGCGGAGAGCUUUGGGAAGGAGAUCGGAACGACACUUAACAAGAUCCCCACCUUCGUGCCCACUUGGCUCCUCCAAGCCAAACACGAGCUGGUGUACCAGCCGCCCUCGAUCCUCAAGGAGAAGUUCCCCAACACCAUUGGCGUGACCGUUCUCCAAGAGGGCGGCCACUUCAUCGCGUUCGAGAUGCCGGAGACGCUGGCGGCUGACGUGCUGAAGGCGAUCAGUGCAUUUAGGAAACUGGACAGGAGCAAGCUGAAGACUGAGUUGUAAAUAAAGCUUUAUACUUUUGUA